AUGAGGAACGGCAAAGCCCCUGCUGGCGAUCAGUUGAUCACGACGCCCAAUUCAGUCAUGGGCGUUGACUAUACAGACUGCUCCAACUUCAACCUCUCAAUAUCACCCAACGCAACAAGCGAUCACUUUAUGCCGGGGAUGUCUUCUAUUCACUACUCGCACCACCACAUGCCACUCUCGCCCGAGAACAUGGACAGCGACUUCUUAAACUACUUACCAAGCCCUCACAUGACCGUCCGCAACGACGUGUCUCACUUCCAGAUCGAAGACCCGAGACACUUCGAGGAAAUCACGGGAAGCAGCGCCACGACGACGCCGCUCCGCCGCGAAAGCAUGUUCGGACACACGCACAUGCCCAGUCUACGGGAGGUGCGCGCACUAAACUCAUCGUCCACAUCCACCACCCCGCCGCCAUCCUCGCCUACGGGAAGGUCGCACAGGGGCGAGGACGCCAACAAGAUCCUGGCCGAAUUCACCUCGUUCGGCAUGACAGUAUUUAACACGCAAGCCGAGAUCGCCGGCAUCUCAUCAGGGGUGGCCGAGUACCUGGAAUGGAUGCGCAAGGCGCCAUCGUCCGCGGGCCCGGGCGGGGCCGCGUCCAAGGCGAACCUGGCGGUGCUGGAGGCACUGGAGACCCGCGUCAGGGAGCUGCACAACAUGGCCAGCACGCGACACCUCGAGGCGUGGAGGCAGUCGGUCGGCAUGCUGGAGCGGGUCGAGGGCGUGGGCGCCAUGCUGAGCCUGUUCGACGGGGAGAUGCACCGGCGGAGCGCCGAGACGGCCGAGUUCUUCCAGACGAGCUACGAUAUCCGGGCGCCGCUCCCGGAGCAGCAGAUGCGCAAGGACUGA